UUGGGCCAACAUAUCGUUCAUUCAAGCCUAUCACUUCUUCGCACGCUUCGACCGCUUCGCGAUGAACUCUGCCUUAGCUUCACCCCACAGACUGUUCAAACAGUCCAAGUCGUCGGUCUUGUUAUUGGAAUCUAUAUGCAUCCUUACCUCCCCCGGUGACCUCACCUCGAGUAAAACUUCGUCUGAAUUCCCUCUGCAAGGCACUUGCUCUUCUGCUUUGGAACUUCACAAUGCCACUACGCCAAAUGAAAUUCUUGAUCCUCACACGUAUUCCCAUUUCCCUUUGAAAAGCGACUUUUAUGGAAGCCGGCGUGUGCAAAAAGUCGCCCAUAUAUUUUACUUCUUCGAUUCCCAACCCCAUUUUACGCUGUUUGCUCCUUGAGCCACAUCAUGAACCAAAAUUCAGGUCCGCAAGACUUGCUUCCCGGCUCAACUUGCAAAAGCUCC